CAUCACUCCACAGUGCAAGAACGCAGCUCCCAGCACUUCAACAUGCUGCUGCCACGACGAGAAAUCUGCCACCCUGGACACUUUGAGUACAAUUCAAGUCACAUUAGCUGAGCUCAUGGACAUUUUCUGGUAAUACCAGCUUAUAUCGAAGUGAUCGUUUCGCACACGGCUCGAGCGCAGACAUGCUCUCCAUCUUGCGGAAGGCGAGGCUCAAGGACAAGGAGCUGCGCAUUCUGAUGCUCGGCCUCGACAAUGCGGGCAAAACCACGAUUGUCAAGAAGAUAAUGGGCGAGGAUGUCAACACGGUCAGCCCCACACUCGGCUUCAUCAUCAAGACAAUCGACUAUGAAGGAUACAAGCUCAACAUUUGGGACGUAGGCGGCCAAAAGACGCUCCGCUCAUACUGGCGGAACUACUUUGAGAAGACGGAUGCCCUGAUCUGGGUUGUUGAUGCCACAGACAGGCUGCGCAUCCAAGACUGCAGGGAGGAGCUGCACGGCCUUCUUCAGGAGGAGCGACUUUCAGGGGCAAGUCUUCUAGUGUUUGCGAACAAGACUGAUGUCUCUGGGUGCAUGACUGGCGACGAACUGAUGAAGGCUGGUCUCAACACCUUUGCGCCUGUGCCAGUAAAGAACUAAAGCUGAUGUGUUGGAUAUAGGCUUUACGACUCGAUGAGAUCCGGACUCAUAGAUGGAAUAUCCUCCAGUGCAGUGCAAUGACUGGCCAAAAUCUCAGUCAAGGACUGGCUUGGGUUGUCGAGGAUGCCAAAGCCCGACUCUUCUUGUAUUGAUUGACGGCUGACCCGAGUUUCGCCGUCGUGGCCUCGGUGCUCCACCAGACAUCUUCAGGUCACAACGGAACUCUCCUCGAAGGCGCUAAUAUUCCUGUUUUUUUUUUUUUUUUUUUUU